GCUGUUUAUUUUCUGUUACAUCACUUCGCUUGCCUUCGAAGACUGCUCUGUGCUCACUGUUUGCUGUGAUGCGAGCCGGCUCUCUUCCUCCAGCAGUUGGCUCGCUCCCAUCUCACAGCACCUCACAGGUCUCUUCCCCCCGAGCAGUUCUCUGCCUGAGCGAGGAACAGCUCACGAAUCAGCUGGAGGUCCCUGAUUUGAAAAGGCAGACACAGAGGCAGAGAAGGGUGGACUCCUAUGUGACCUGUUCCUAGAGCAAGACAAUCAGCAGCUGAAUUCCAGAAGCCCUGUUCAUGUGUGGGGAUAUUUUCUCGACUGCAUGGAAUCAGGAAGAAGCAGAAGGAUGGGAAAUGCCUGCAUCCCCCUGAAAAGAAUUGCCUAUUUCCUAUGCCUCUUUUCUGUGGUUUUGCUGACUGAGGGGAAGAAACCAGCGAAGCCAAAAUGCCCUGCCGUGUGUACUUGUACCAAAGAUAACGCUCUAUGUGAGAAUGCAAGAUCCAUUCCACGCACCGUCCCUCCUGAUGUUAUCUCACUAUCCUUUGUGAGAUCUGGUUUUACUGAAAUCUCAGAAGGGAGUUUUUUAUUCACACCAUCGCUGCAGCUCUUGUUGUUCACAUCCAACUCCUUUGAUGUGAUCAGUGAUGAUGCUUUUAUUGGUCUUCCACAUCUAGAAUAUUUAUUCAUAGAAAACAACAAUAUCAAGUCCAUUUCAAGGCAUACUUUCCGGGGACUCAAGUCCUUAAUUCACCUGAGUCUUGCAAACAACAAUCUGCAGACACUCCCAAAAGAUAUUUUCAAAGGCCUGGAUUCUUUAACAAAUGUGGACCUGAGAGGGAACUCAUUUAAUUGUGACUGUAAAUUGAAGUGGCUGGUGGAAUGGCUCGGCCACACCAAUGCAACCGUGGAAGACAUCUACUGCGAAGGCCCCCCGGAAUAUAAGAAACGCAAAAUCAAUAGCCUCUCCCCCAAGGAUUUUGAUUGUAUCAUUACAGAAUUUGCAAAAUCCCAAGAUCUACCUUAUCAGUCACUGUCCAUAGAUACUUUUUCUUAUAUGAAUGAUGAAUAUGUGGUCAUUGCUCAGCCUUUUACUGGAAAAUGUAUUUUCCUGGAAUGGGACCAUGUAGAGAAGACCUUCCGGAAUUAUGACAACAUUACAGGCACGUCCACUGUGGUGUGCAAGCCUAUAGUCAUUGACACUCAGCUCUAUGUCAUUGUGGCCCAGCUGUUUGGUGGCUCUCAUAUCUAUAAGCGAGAUGGCUUUGCAAACAAAUUCAUAAAAAUCCAGGAUAUUGAAGUUCUCAAAAUCCGAAAACCCAAUGACAUCGAAACCUUCAAGAUUGAAAACGACUGGUACUUUGUGGUUGCUGACAGUUCCAAAGCUGGGUUUACUACCAUUUACAAAUGGAAUGGAAAUGGAUUCUACUCCCACCAAUCCUUACACGCCUGGUACAGAGAUACUGAUGUGGAAUACCUCGAAAUAGCCAGAACACCACUGACGCUCAGAACACCUCACUUAAUCCUGUCCAGUAGUUCCCAGCGCCCUGUGAUUUACCAGUGGAGCAAAGCAACACAGUUAUUUAUUAACCAAACUGACAUUCCCAACAUGGAGGACGUGUACGCUGUGAAACACUUCUCUGUAAAAGGCGAUGUGUACAUUUGCUUGACCAGAUUCAUUGGCGACUCCAAAGUCAUGAAGUGGGGUGGCUCUUCCUUCCAGGACAUUCAGAGGAUGCCGUCGCGGGGAUCCAUGGUGUUCCAGCCCCUUCAGAUAAAUAAUUACCAAUAUGCAAUUCUUGGAAGUGAUUACUCCUUUACUCAAGUAUAUAACUGGGACGCAGAGAAAGCCAAAUUUGUGAAAUUUCAGGAAUUAAAUGUUCAAGCACCCAGAUCAUUUACACAUGUGUCCAUUAAUAAGCGUAAUUUCCUUUUUGCUUCUAGUUUUAAGGGGAACACACAGAUUUACAAACAUGUCAUAGUUGACUUAAGCGCAUGAGACACCAAAUUCCAUGGCUGCCAUCGGAAACUUUCUACAGUAUGUGACCUGGAUGAACUCAAUGCAUGAUGACUCUUCUUAUCACACUUGCAGAUGAAUGCCUUUCAACAUUGAGACUGUCGAAGUCAAUACUACCAGUAUCACCAUCCUUAACUGUCCAAUCCAGUGGUGUGGGAAGUUACCUUUUAUAAGACAAAGUUUCAUUAUAUAACUGUUCUUUGCAGUGAAGAUGUGUACAUAAGUGUUUAAUGGUAUCUGUUACUCCGAAAAAGAAAUAUUCAUAUGUACUUUUCCAUUUAUUUAUUCACGUGUUCAGAAACAACUGCCAAAUAAAAUGUUUACAUUUUCUUUCAUAUCCCAAAGGUAAUUAUUUACAAGAGCUGUUUGAUUCUUGUUGAUUGUAUGUUGAAGAAAUAGUUUUAUAUAAUAGGAUUAUAUUUGGAUCAAGGAUUUAUGGUAUGACUAUUGAGUAAAGUUAAAAAAAAGAAAUGAUUUCCCAUAAUUUGUAAACAUGUUUAUCUGGGUUCUAUUAGUGGAUUUUGAACACUCAGAGUCAUGACUACUAGGGACACUUUGAGAUAAAAAGGGUAACACGUUUAAAUGAAAGGGAGAGAGCUUACCUAUUAUGCUAAGACUAACCUGUAAUGAGGAGGAAGGCCAUCCUGUCCCAUCUGAUAGACUCAGCUACAAAUACCAUUCAGCCAUUUUAUAGAAGAAUUUAAGAUUUAGGAUUGAAUAGUCCCUGAUCCAGGACUUUCUAAAUAUCUAACUCUAGAGCCGCCUGACAGCUGGUAGAUUGUAACUUCAUGAACAGCACUUGCCUCCCACGCUGGCUCUGGAGGCCUCUCUCCGAUGAAGAACUCUUAUGCUUCUAGACACUGGAUUUGCUGUAACUGACCUGCCACACAGUGCCUACGAGGCUCAUGUCUGACUUUCUAGAUUCCUGCUUCCAGAUCACUUGAGUCAUUAGUACUUUGCACACUGCCUGUUAUGUACAUAGUAGACUUUCAAAAAAUGUUUGUCAAAGGCUGGGGAUAUAGUUUCAUGGAAACAUACUUGUGUGGCAUGUGUCAAGCCCUGGGUUCAAUGCCCAGCACCAAACAAAAGUGUUUUUGAAAACAUGUGUGGCUUCUUCCCUUACAGUAACCUCCACAAGCCCCUCUGGCCCACCUAGUGUUUCCUGAGUACUUGUUGAGAAUGUAGUGUGGUGGUGGGGAACUAAUGUAGGAGUGGGGUGUGAUGCUUGCCCUCUGCAGUCUUAGAGGAAGGAUGGAAGUGGGCUAAAAGUACAAGAAGGUCUAUAGAGUAAGCAAUGAGUGUGGAGAGUCACCGAACAGUCUAGAUUUGGAGAGUCAUAGGAGUAGCAGCUGUGGCUCUGGAGAAGCUAUGCUCUUUGUUUGACAUACGGGAAGACACAAUUUCAAAAGGGGGUUGUGUGGGAGAAGACAUGGCUAGCACAAACUGGUUGUGUGCGCUGCCUUUAUGGAGGACUUUUGAGUUUGCUUAUGUUCCCCCACUGGGUGGAGGUGGGCAGACAGCAGCUCCCCAGGCCUAGUGUAAGUGUGGUAGACUGAGGCAUCAGGGGUCCCCAUAAAAAUGACAUGGGCUGGAGAGAUGUCUUAGCCGUUAAAGGCUAUGCUCACAACCAAAAAUGACACAGUCUCCACAGAAGUUUGCAACACCUUGGAUCAUUGUUCAUAAGGACCAGAUUUUAUUACCUGUAUAUAAAAGAUAUUAGGUCUAGCUUCAGGGUUAGAGGAGAGAAGAAAGCUUAACUACUCCUGAUCCUGCACCUAGGAGACGUGGCCUUGGAACCCCUCUUUCUCUGCUCCAAUAAGCAGCUCAUGGGUUGCUGGUGGAGGCCUGCUCUGGACAGGCUGGGUAGAACUCCAGGUCCUCCAUGCAUAAGCUUUACCACAGGCAAGGUACUUAGCCCACCUGAGCCCACUUCUUUGUUUGUAAAGGUGGACAACAAUACCUACUACCAAGGAGGAGAGUUAAAUGAGAAGACUCAAGAGUACCAGAUGGUAUUUCCCAAAUAUAGCCCCCACCACACCCCACAGCCCCAUGCUCUGUGAGACCCUCCCUGCCCCAAAUUCAUUAAGAGGUUAGCGUCUGACUCACUUGUCCUUUGUCUGAAUGGUUGGUGACUUGCUUGUAAUUCAUUGACUACGGUGAAAAUGAUACAGUUUGGCUUCCAUGCUAGGUCAUAAACCCCAUGAACUCUUUCUUGCCUUGCAAACUGGGACACCUUGCCUGCAGAGCCCCAAACAGCUGCAUAAGAAGUCUUAUUAACCAGAGGCCAUUGUUCUGUGUUGAAAACCAAACCGCAUGGAGCAAUCACCUCAUGGUGCUUUGGUCAACAGACCCAGCUGGUGUCACAGCCAACAGCCAUCAUCAGCCACCAGUCCUGGGAAGCCUGCAACUCCAGAUCCUUCUGUCAAGUUACUAUCGGACAUCAGACCUUCCCAGCAGAAGGGCAGCCAUUAGAAAGCAUCAAGCUAUCCACAAUAUCCCUGUCUGAAUCCGUGAGCAUAAUAAAGUGAUUGUUUGAAACGGA